AUGGAGGCAAAUAUAUUUGAAGAUAAUGAUGGUGUUCGCAUUGUCAUGAAGGACGAAAAUCAAGAUUAUGGGAGUUCAGCCUUGGAUUAUGAUAAGAAGAGUUUAUAUUGGAUGGGAGGUGUGAUGGAUUGCUUCUCUACUGUAUUAUCAUUAUUUGGGCGCGAUGAUCUAAAGGGUGAUAAAGAAGAAGAGUGGGAGGUACCAUUUGAAGCAAUUACGGAUUUGGUGUAUCUCGGAUCUGGUGCCCAAGGAGUAGUCUUUGGAGGAAAUUUGCGAGGCGAAAUGGUAGCAGUGAAGAAGCUUCGUGAUAGCGCUGAAACAGACAUCAAACAUCUGAGGAAACUAAACCAUGAGAAUAUUGUCCGUUUCCGAGGCAUCUGCAGCCAGCCUCCAUACUUCUGCAUUGUUAUGGAGUAUUGCCAAUAUGGACCACUAUUCGAAUUUCUUCAUAGUGGUGUUUGCUUCACUCCCAAGCAAAUUCUUAAGUGGGCUAAAGAGAUUGCUCAUGGCAUGAGCUACCUGCAUAGUAACAAAAUAAUACAUCGCGAUUUGAAGAGUCCGAAUGUACUGAUUUCCGACAAUUUGGUUGUGAAAGUAAGCGACUUUGGAACUAGUCGCGAAUGGAACGACGUUAGUGCAAUUAUGAGCUUUACGGGCACUGUGGCGUGGAUGGCUCCUGAAGUUAUCCGUCACGAGCCAUGCUGUGAGCGCGUUGACGUCUGGUCUUAUGGCGUCGUUCUAUGGGAGUUGCUCACUCAGGAGGUUCCCUACAAGAACUUGGAAACGCACGCUGUGAUGUGGGGUGUGGGAACUGACACGAUAUCGUUGCCGAUCCCUUCUACGUGCCCAGAGAGCCUGCAACUUCUGCUGAAUCAGUGCUGGAAUCGCACUCCUCGAAACAGACCGCCAUUCAAGAUCAUAUCUGCUCAUUUGGAGAUUGCCGGGGAAGAGCUUAGCAACUUACGUGUGGAUUGCUUCAGCGCCAUUCAAGCUACUUGGCGCAAAGAAGUGCAGAGUGGGAUGGAGAUGUUCUAUGCCAGGAGCGAGCAACCUCAAGCUCAGGACGCGGCUGUGCGCCGCGAAGAGGAGAAACAAGCUCGCCACAAGUACGAGCAGCAGUUGACCCGUGCCAACGAGCUCUACAUGGAGGUCUGCGCGGUGCGACUCCAACUGGAGCAGCGCGAGAAAGCCGUUGUUGAGCGCGAGAAAGCGCUGAAGAGCUGCCGCUGCGGCCUGCGCAAGACCUUGAAGCAGUACCAGCGCCAGACGUCGUCGUCGUCCGACGGCCUGAAGGCCCCGACGCCGUGCGCGAACGCCUUCAACGAGGCCGCCCAGCGCCGCCGCAAGAAGAAGCAGCCCGAGCAGAGCGCGCCCACCCACGUGCUGGUGAACUUCGUCGACUCUAAGGCGCAGGAGCCGCAGACGGUGACGCUCAAAGUCACCGGCUUCAUGGGCUGCGAGUGCGACGACGCCGUUGAGAACAACAACAUGAACACCAUCCUCACCAUGAAGGAUACCAUUGUAGAGAAGAAUGGUAACAACCUGGACGACACUGUCUGCAAGAUUCAGAACGCUGUCAACGACAACUACAUGCCCAACAUCGCCCAAGUC